AUGUACAAAGUCGUUCAGAAGGACUCCGUCUCUAAUUCCCUCAGCUUCCUUCACUCGAGUCUAUCCCUCAACCACACGAGUUUACCAAAAGACAAAGGGAAUCCACGGUUCGCAUAUGCACAAUACGCUACUGAUAUAAACUACCUAUGCAACACUAUUAUCAACUUCAACCGCCUGAAGCGUUCCGGUACCAAACAUGACAUGGUCCUGAUAUUCCCAAAGGAAUGGGACCAUGAGAGUGCCAAUACGCGUGAGGCUAAGGCCAUCAAAAAUCUUCGAGCUAGCGAUCUUAAUAUCGUUUUCCGUCCCUUUGACAUUCUCUCUACAGACAAGGGAGACUCGACGUGGCACGAUAGCCUUACCAAAUUCCACGCCUUUGCCUUGAUCGAAUACACGAGAAUUCUAGCCUUCGACUCAGACUCGCUCGUCUUGAGUAACAUGGACUUCUUAUUUCUUGCGCCAGACUCGCCGGUGGCUAUGCCGCGCGCAUACUGGCUGACCGAUCGUGAGCAUGCGAAGCAGAUCCUAGGGUCACACAUCAUGCUCAUCGAGCCUAAUACACAUCGAUACAAAAGAAUAAUCAACGAGGCUAUGCGGAGUGGGGAGUUCGAUAUGGACGUUUUGAAUGAAUUAUUUAAAGACUCAGCCAUGAUUCUCCCUCAUCGACGCCUUGCGUUGUUAACCGAUGAAGAAGAGGAAUGGAACGCCAUGGUAGAGGCAAGUAGGGCAUAUCUUGUGCAUUUCAGCGACUGGCCCCUGCCAAAGCCAUGGAAAUCCCAUACUGAGGCUCAAUGGCAGGCAGCCUUGCCGGAGUGUCCAGAUGACGAUAUUGAGAAGCCAGACCAGUCAAGGUGUGCCGACAGGUUGGUGUGGACCAAAUUUUAUACUGACUAUGACAACGAUAAGAGAGUUUACUGUGGUUUAAACAGUAUAUAA